AUGUCCGACUCUGGACAGUCCGUGCUUCUCGCGACGGCCGGCUACGACCACACGAUCCGCUUCUGGGAGGCGCCGACCGGCGUGUGCUACAAGACGCUGCAGCACCCCGACUCGCAGGUCAACCAGCUGCAGAUCACGGCCGACCGGCAGCGCAUCGCCGCGGCGGGCAACCCGUCGCUGCGGCUCUUUGAGAUCAACUCCGGCCCGCCGAGCGCGCUCACCACCUACGACGGCCACACCUCCAACGUGACGGCCGUCGGCUUUGAGGCGGACGGCAAGUGGAUGUACACCGCGUCGGAGGACGGCACGCUCAAGCUGUGGGACCUGCGCGCGGCCGGCUGCCAGCGCGAGUACGAGUCCGGCUCGCCGAUCAACUCGGUCGCCCUCCACCCCAACCAGGUCGAGAUUGUCCGCCUCCCCGCAGGCAACAUCCGCGUGUGGGACCUCGCGCAGAACGCGUGCUCGGCGGAGCUCGUCCCGGACGGGGACAAGUCCAUCCAGUCGCUCUCGAUCGCGCGCGACGCCUCCACCCUCGCCGCGGCAAACGUGCGCGGCUCGCCGCGCCAUGCCGAGGUUGGAGGAGCGGUGCCGUCGCGGCUGCGGAUCGAGCCGCUCCAAAAGCUGCAGGCGCACGCUUCGUACGUCAUCCGCUGCAUCAUCUCGCCAGACUGCCGCCGCCUCGCCACCACCUCGGCCGACCACACCACCAAGGUGUGGGACAUGGCAAACAACUUCUCGUGCGAGGAGACCCUCUCCGGCCACCAGCGGUGGGUGUGGGACGCCGUCUUCUCGGCCGACUCGGCCUACCUCGUCACCGCCUCCUCGGACCAGACAGCGCGCCUCUGGGACCUGGCCGAUGGAGUCACGCUGCAGCACUACACCGGCCACCACAAGGCCGUGACCAGCAUCGCGCUACACGAUGGGCCAGUUUGA